AUGCAAGAUUAGAGUUGAGAAAGGAGAUUGAAGCGGAAGGUUGUUUGGAAAUAAAAUACCAUCAAUUUGUUUACUCUCUUCCUAGUAUGAGCCAACAAAAGAAAGAACCGUAUGGAUUCGAUGGCAAGUACAUGUUUUCUGAAACAGACGUGUUUUUUACAUUUACUCAUCGAUACAAUACCGAAUUUUCAGUCCUUGAGCCGUACUUCCUGUGGACAUUGGAACAAGAAAUUGUCCUGCGCUUUUCUGAGUUUGUUCGCCUGAACGUUGAUUCAAUAGCUAGGCUUUCAAAAACAAAUAACUGUGUGGAACUGCAUCGCACGGAGCUCGCGUCUCGUUUCGUCCCAGAUUGCGAGUAUGAGUGUCGUCCUCACCCUAGUGAUGGUGUUGAAAACUUGCGUCUCGUUUCGUCCCAGACUGCAAGCAUGAGUGUCAUGGUUGAAGACCAACCUGAUUGGUCUUGUGUCAUUGAAAAAAUUCAUAGGAUCCAAAUUUCUGAAAGUCGCCGUGAAAAAACCUACAUUAUGUAUUCAAACGAAAAUGAUUACGUUGGAAAUGUAUUGUUGGAAGACCAGAAAAAAUCAGAACUUGACACCAAUAACUCGGUUAAUGCAAAAACUAUACCUAUCUCUCGACUUACGAAGCGGUUUCUAGAUGUCGCAAAAGAGAGCUCUCCAAAACGGUUGGCAAAUGGUCCAAGUAUUGCUAACGUAGAAAUAUCAAAUAACGAACAAGAUUUAUUCAACGAAUUAGAUGGCGAUCCAUAUAUCAAUUCAAGUUAUAAAAGUGAUGAUUCAGAACAUGAUGGAUUCAUAUCUCCAACUCCAUGCGCUCCCGAAGACCCUUUUGCCGAUGAAAAGAUUAUUAUUAUUAACGUUUCUUCACGCAUACCAUCAUUAAAUUCUGAUUUAGAUGUUUUCUUAGACAAUGUUAACAUAUCGGCUAAAUUUAGACAAUAUAUUAAUGAAGCUAUAUCAUAUGCUAACGAUAAAGGACUAUAUGUUGAAACGAAUACCCACGAAAUAUUAUCAUUAUCAUCAAUCCUUGUUCUCAUACCGAACUCUUAUCCUACUAAAAUGGUGGAGGCGUUCAGUUUAGAUAUACUAGAAUCGAUUCACAGAAGAUAUACGCCAAAAUUAUCUCUACAAUUAGAUAUAGAGGUUGAGAAUAUAUAUAGAAAAGUGAUCAAAACGUGUUUAAAUGAUUCUCGUGAUAAUGACAUCAAACUGCUAUGUGCAAAUAUUGUACAAAAAGAUGAAUUGAUGGAUAAUUUCGGGUUCUUGAUACUAGAUUUAAUAAGAACUCUGCCGUACAAUAAGAUAAGGAACGAAUCAAGCGAAUUAACGUUAAUAACAAACUAUUUAGACAAUGUCAUGAAAAAUGUUUUUCAUGUCCCUGACAAACAUAUAGUUCGAUGGCCAAACACGACCUUAACAGAAAGCAAA